AUGGCCCUCGACGGCCUCAAUGCCUCGGUCACCAGCAGCUAUCAAAUGAUAUAUCUUCCCGCCGGACCCGAUUUUGAAAAGGAUGGAUCGGCUGUGUUUGUCUUCACAGAUCUCGUCGAGUCCGAAGAUUUUGAAGGCAGAAAGGGGAGCUUCAUGACCCAAGGCACAGGAAAGUUCGACGCAACCACGUAUCGGGUAGAAGGCACAUUCGAAAUCGUCCCUCGAAGUGGAAAGGGAGAUCUCGGGGAAUUGUUCAAGGAGGGUGGGAAUGGCAGUUUUUCGUCGGAUGGAAGUAACCCAAGUCAAGUGAAUUACAGAUUUGUGCUCCCCUAA